AUGAAAAUCUUGAUUUUUUUCAGCAUCGUCGUCGUUUUCAAUGCAGAAACAGUCGAAGGGAAUCAAGUUUGUUCCGUUGGAUUCACUUGCCAAGAAUUUUGCAAAACUAAAGAUGGGAAAAAUGCUUUCAAGAGAUGUGAAAAACGACUAAAUAAGACUUACGCUACUUGUAUGGCUAUAUGCUCCUCUGACAGUAACUGCAUUGAGGAAUGCAAGGAAGAACUAAAAGGGGGCAAGAAAUUGUGUCCUUGCUUUUCUGAAGAUUUUGAGAUGGGGAAGUGUGAAAAUGAUGAGGCAAAAGAAGAAAUUGAAAGACUGAAGCUUGAACAUCUUGUCCGAAUACUGGAAUUGGAGGACGAACAAGUUGUACUCGGCGAACGACUUAAUUAUACUAAAGCGGAGAACGUGGACUUAGCUCGAAUCGUCAAAGAGUUGUCGCUAGAAAAUGAGAACUUGAAGCUGAAACUUGAUGAAAAAGAAACCUUAUCAGAUGAUUCUGAUAUCUUCGAAGAAAGUGGCGACUGUGAAAAUACAGAGUAUGUUGUUCAGCUCAAUGAUCUGGUUGAAAUUAAUAUGGAACUCGAAGAAGAACGAGAUAAGGCGCUAAAAGAGGUUGAAGAAUGCAGAAACAAAAAAACCGAAAACAGCGAAGAAUUUAUGAAGCUAAGGAAAGAAAGCAAAAGCUGGACAAAGGAAAAGGAAAAAUCUGCUGAUCUUAUUUCUGAUCUAAAAGAGAAGAAAAAUAAACUGGAGGAAGAAAAAGACGAGUUGGAAGAAGAAAUUUCAACGCUAAAAGAUGACAUAAAAAAGCUGAAGCGUUCAAACAAGGACCUUCUUGGCGAAGUAGAAGACCUAAAAGAUGAUGUCCAAGAUCUCACUGAAGAGUUAGACGAGUUGAAAAGUGAACGAAAGGAAUGUCAAGUCGGAAAUGUCGAAUCCGCAUCAAACAGCGAAGAUUACAUUUCCGAUGAUGACUGGUAUUUUGAUUCUUCUAGUUCAAGUUCAGAAAGUUCCUCUGACAGUAAGGAUAGCCCUGUUAGCUACAGUUUUGGUAGUGCAAAAAUGAACAACUGCCAGUUUUCACUUUUGCUCUUUUUCGUUUUCUUUCUUGUUCAAUAA